AUGUUAACCGGUGACGAUACGGAGCAUAACCUAGAAGUCGACUUAGACGAUAGCACCGGAUUCGACUGCGCAUUCUGCGAUAAACCCAAUCAUGCGGACAAGCAAAUGGUGUGCUGUGAAAAGUGCCAUAAAUGGUACCACUUCAAAUGUGCGAAUGUUACGGACACGGUGAAGGACAUUUCCUGGAAUUGUGCAGCUUGUACCAGCGGUUCAGAUGCGCCACGCACCAUCGACUUAAACGAUAACGUUUUCGACAGUAAACCGUCGAAAGGGACUGGAGUUUCCAAGAAGUUAGCGGACUUCCAAAAAGAGCAGGAGGAAGCAGAGCUGCAACAUAAAAUGGAACUGGAGCAAAUGCGUGAGAUGCAGCGAAAACAAAAUAUGCUGCAAUUGAAACGGGAGAUGGAAAAACGAGAGAUGCAAUUGCAAUUGGAGCACGAAAUGUUUCUUUUGCGGAAGAAAGCAGAAGCCGAAUUCUGUGCGAAACGAGAGAUGCUGUAUAAACAAUUCGAGGAGUGGAAAUUGGAGCGAGAAGAUACUGGACUAGGUCAAGAGGGAGCGUCAGCGGAGGGGGAGAAAGCGUUAGCGACAAAAGGGCAAUCAUCGUUCAAUGACCCAACAAAAUUUGGGGAACAAAGUCGUACCCUGUCGACUACUCCUAGCGAAGCUAUGCACCAAGGUCAAGUCAAAAAUCAUCUGCAGUCACCGAUUGUUCCUGACACACAUGACGAUGAAAAUGCAGUGCCUCGUCGAUAUUCCGUUUUGAAAAAGCCACCAGCGCCACUGCCGAUCCCGUCUCCACCGACUCCGCAACCAGCACGAGAAUUAACAAAAGAGCAGAUUGCUGCUAGAAAAGGCCCUUUUGCUAAGCUUCCAAUCUUCACUGGCAAACCAGAAGAGUGGCCAAUAUUCUUCAGUAGUUUCAACAACGGUAAUGCAGCCUGUAAUUGGUCAAACCUCGAUAAUCUGGGAAGACUUCAAGAGAGUAUUAAAGGCAGAGCUUUAGAUUUAGUGAGGAGUAGAUUGCUGCUGCCCGAGUUAGUACCUACAGUGAUCGAAGAGCUCCGCGAGCAUUUCGGUAGGCCGGAGCAGCUUCUUCAUGCAUUGCUACUGAGAGCGAGAAAAGCAGAUCCUCCGUGUAUCGAACAGUUAUCAUCGUUUAUCGAUUAUGGAACGAUCGUGAAACAGCUUUGCGAUCAUUUAGUUGCAGCAGACCUCCUGGACCACCUCGUUAAUCCUAUGCUCAUUAACGAAUUGGCAGAAAAGCUGCCCUCGGCCACAAAAUUAGAGUGGGUGAGGUAUAAACGCAAACAGAGUGACGUAUCCUUAUGCACAUUCUCGGACUUCAUAUCAGAAAUUGUUUCGGAGGCUACGGAAGCUACUCUACUUACUUCGUUGGCCGAAGGCCAUCAAAACAGGUCUCGGAAUAAUAAAAAACGAACGAAUGAUCAAGGUUUUCUCAAUGCUCACGUCGGUGUAGAAUGCUCAGCAAAUGCGGUAAACAAUCAGCUUCAAAACAACGCAGUGUCUCAUAUCAAGCCCUGUCGCGGCUGCGGCCGUAUUGAUCAUCGUACCCGAUAUUGUGAUGAUUUCAAAAAAUUGAAUUAUAAUGAUAGAACCGCGAUAGUGAAGAAAUGGAAAUUGUGUCAUAUGUGCCUUAACGAGCAUGGGGAAACACGUUGCCGAUUUAAGGGACACUGCAGCAUUGGUGGUUGUAAUGAACGACAUCAUGCUUUGCUUCACCUCCCAGCAACGCAAAAAAGAGUGCCACAAUCGUCGACUACACCCUUCUCCUUGAAUUGCAAUGUACAUGAUUCGGAGCAACAGCCUGUGAUUUUCAGAGUUGUACCCAUAAGGAUCUAUAAUGGUAAUCGUUUCCUCGACGUUGUCGCGUUUUUGGAUGAGGGCUCGUCCUAUUCGCUCAUGGACAGCAGUGUAGCAAAAAAACUUAAGUUAAGCGGGGCAUGGAAGCCAAUUCUUAUAAAAUGGACCGCCGGUAUGAGUCGAUUAGAAAGUGAGUCAAGAUGCAUAGACUUGUCAAUAUCGGCUAAAGGGUCAGAAGAAAAGUUUCUACUUCGCAACGUUCACACUGUACAGCAGUUACAACUUCCAGAGCAAAAGGUACGAUUUGCUGAAGUGACAACCCGUUUCAAACACUUACAUGAUUUACCAGUUGAAUGCGAUCAAGACGGUCCGCCAAAGAUCCUCAUUGGUCUCAAACAUUUGCACGUGUACGCUCCUCUUGAAUCGCGUGUUGGCGAACCUGGCGAGCCAAUAGCGGUCAGAACAAAGCUCGGUUGGACAAUUUACGGUCCGCAAAAUUGCGAUGAAGGGCAAGUAGGAUUUGCGGGUACUCAUAGUGUAUUUACAGAUCAAGAUUUGCACGAGCUGCUGCGUAGCCAUUACACUAUGGAAAAUGCCGGUGUGUCUGUUACCACGCUCCCUGAAUCUGCGGCGGAUCGCAGAGCACGCGAUUUACUGGAAAAAACCACGAUGCGUAUAGGCGACCGCUUUCAGACCGGUUUGCUGUGGAAGAACGAUAAACCGCAGCUGCCAGAUAGCCUGCCAAUGGCUCUCAAACGAAUGAAAGCUCUAGAACGAAAAUUGUCAAAAAACCCGGAGCUAGAGCAAAACGUGGAGCGCCAAAUUGAAGAAUAUCAACGGAAGGGAUAUGCACACGUUGCCUCCCCCCAAGAACUAGCAGAAUCAGAACCAGGGAAAGUAUGGUUCCUUCCCUUGAAUGUCGUUUUAAACCACAGAAAGCCAGGGAAAGCCAGGCUAGUCUGGGACGCGGCAGCUGCAGUACAAGGAAGAUCGCUUAAUUCCGAGCUUUUGAAAGGUCCCGAUUUUCUGACCAGUCUACCAGUUGUGAUGUGUACAUUUCGCGAACGCCCAAUCGGGUUUACGGGCGACAUCAUGGAGAUGUACCAUCAAAUCCAAAUUCAGCCAAGCGACCGAUCCGCACAAAGGUUUCUGUAUCGUCCAAAAUCGUCGGACCAACCAUUAAUAUUUAUUAUGGACGUUGCCACAUUCGGCUCAUCGUGUUCGCCCUGCUCUGCACAAUAUAUAAAAAACCGGAACGCCCAGGAGUUCGUCGACCAGUUUCCGGAUGCAGUACAGGCAAUCGUAAAUAAACACUAUGUCGACGACUACCUGGAUUCGACAGUGACAGUCAGCGAAGCUAUCAAGCGAGCGAGUGAGGUCGCCUACAUUCACUCUAGAGCGGGAUUUUUCAUACGUAAUUGGGCUUCCAAUAGUACCGAAUUCUUGCAGCAUUUCAGUGAACAGCAAAAUAAGCAGCAGCUGGUUCAUUUCAAUCCUGAAAAGGAAAACGGAACGGAGAGAGUUUUGGGAGUAUCGUGGGACACAACCGAAGAUGUUUUGCGAUUUGGCGUUAAGCUGAGACCGGAUCUGGAAGAGUUUUUGGAAAGGGAACAGAGGCCGACAAAGCGCAUCCUGCUUAGCAUUGUCAUGAGUUUCUUUGACCCUCUUGGUCUGUGGGCCCUCUUUACGGUAUUCGGCAAAAUUAUUAUUCAGGACCUCUGGAGGAAGGGCAACACGUGGGACAUGCCUAUCGACGACGAAUCAGCUCAGCAGUGGCUGAAGUGGAUUGAAUUGCUGCCAAAGGUGCAAUCUAUGAAGAUCCCUCGCUACUAUUUUCACAGUGCUACCUCUUCGGAGCUGGAAAAUCUGCAACUUCACAUAUUUGCAGAUGCUAGUGAAAAUGCCUACGGAUGUGUGGCCUACUUUCGAGCCGUCGUGAACGGACAACCAAAUUGCACGCUGGUAACCGCCAAAUCAAAGGUCGCCCCACUGCAAUACACGUCCAUCCCUCGCAUGGAGCUUCAAGCAGCAGUUUUAGCGGCACGAUUAUCAGUUUCGGUGAAAUCAAAUCACACUCUCUCGAUAAAGCAGCUGAUUAUAUGGGUCGACUCCAAUACAGUGCUGUCCUGGAUUUGCUCAGACCACAGGAAAUAUAAACAAUAUGUGGCACAUCGCAUAGGGGAAAUUUUGAGCGUCACUAGUACAACGGACUGGCGCUGGGUCCCCACAAGGAAUAACAUCGCGGAUGUUCUAACAAAAUGGGGAACUAAAGGACCUCCGUUGGAGUCAAACGGUGAAUGGGUGAAUGGACCAGCGUUCCUUUAUCGCCCAGAAGAAGAGUGGCCGCAACGUGCACCGGUUAAAGCAGAUGUUGAAGAAGAGUUGCGGGCCCACUUCCUAUUCCACGAGAUCACGCUAUUCGAUUCCGUUGUGGAUUUUUCACGAUUUUCACGAUGGACAAAGUUGAAAAUCGAAAAAAUUAGCCCUCGAAACUGUGCCGGCUACAAAUGCGCAAAAAAGGUUAAUGAAAGCAACAUCUCCUUUCAUCAAUAA